AUGGACAUCACUGUAGACCGCAGGCCGUUCCUGUUGCGGCCCGACUGUCCGCCGGAAGGCCAACCUAGGCGGAUGUUUGACGGGGAAACUGAGACCGAACUGGCUCCUGCGAUGCAGGAGCGGGCCCGGGGCGCAGGCCUGGUGAUGCGCCGCCCGCAAAUGUCGCCCAAUACCCUGUACGUGCAUGAGACGACGCUGUUUGCCAAGGAGCAGGGCCUCGAUGACCGCUUCCACCACGUGGCCGCGUCCGCUUUCUGGGAGGAGAGCGUCGACCUGGGCAGCCUCGAGGUGGUCAAGGGACUGGCGGAGAAAGCCGGCCUGGACCUGUCGGAACUGGUACCGAGGCUGGAGUCCGGCCACUACCGGGACGCGGUACUGGAAUCCAACGAGACGGCCCGCGCCAGCGGAAUCGGCGGGACGCCGACGUACAUGAUCGGCGGGUGGCGCAAGUUCGGCGACCUGGGCGUCGAUGAGCUCAAGACGAUAAUCGAGGCGGUGGGCCGCUAG